GAGUAACGGGUGGUGAUGUGCCUUUAAGAAUACGAUUCGCUGCCAUUUGUAGCGCUGAACCUGAAACUUGGGAAUUCAAGCGAUAAAGCACGUUCAAUUACGAGUCUUCAGGAAGUGACGGACUGAAUGGGGGGGAUCGCAAUAAACAAUUGAAAACAGUCGAUCGAAAAGACUGAAUUAGAAAAGAAGAGUGCAAGAUUUUCGGAAAGUCGUGUUGCAGUAACGGAGUACCUCGUUCUUUCCAAAUAAGUUGUGAUCGACUUGAAAACCUAGAUUUACACGGCAGUAUUUCGACGGAGGCGUGCACUUUCCUUUAACUUUUUUGCAACCUGUACAGGAUGGUACCUUCAUCGCUUUGCCGUAAAAUAGAGGAAGACGUCCUACUCGUCGUAUACUUUGUUUAUGGAGAGCAUAUAUUCUGCACGCACUGUGAUAAACUGAAGCUUUAAUUGCAAAUUAAUUUGGAACGCCGGAUAAAUCUUUUCAACGCGUUUUUCUGACUCUGCUGUAGUUUACGUUUUUGGGAUGUUCGCUGGGUGGAAUUUGCCGAUUUCACUUUACAUUAAUGUAGUUAUUUUGGUGCAUCUACUGCUCGGAGUGUCUGUGUUUAGUUCAGAACUGAAGGUGAGGGUUCGUUUGGUGGACGGCCAGGUCGCAGAGGAGACGCUGGAAGCGGACAGCGAGCAGGACAUCAUCACCCUGGAGUUCAAGCAACGUGAUGGCACCUUGAUUACUUUUGUCGCCGACUUCAAAAAAGAGGUGAAGAUCUUUCGAACCCUGAUCCUGGGCGAGCUGGAGCGCGGUCAGAGGCAGUAUCAGGUCUUAUGCUUUGUAACCAGGCUUAACCACAAUGAGCUCAUCUCCAGCGAAUCCAUGGCCCGCCUACGUCAGAAAAACCCACGGGCGAUUCGCUCAGCAGAGGAGCGACGGGGCAUGGAACAGCUGAGCAUGGGCAUGGCCGUCAAUCUGAGCCGUGCCGGGCAGCUGAGCCCCCACCUCCGUAACGUGUGCAGAGAGGCGGGUGCUGCCAUCUACACCCAACAGGCCGACGCCCAGCACUGGUUGGACCAUGGUGUGGAAGGGGCCACAUUCCAGCCGCUGCCCCAGUCAUGGGAGGGGCCGGGCUUGGAGGACUGUCCGUCCUCGCCGGGCCUGUGGCAGCCCUGCGUCUGCCGCUACAGCCUGCGCCUGGAGUGGUACCCCUGCUUGCUGCGCUACUGCCACACCCACGCCGCCAGAGCCAGUCCCUACAAAUGCGGCAUCAGGAGCUGCAGCAAAGGCUUCCACUUUCGCUUCUAUGUCCCCUAUAGGCAUCUCUGUCUGUGGGAUGAGGAGGACACCUAGACGCACUGCCAGAGGUCCUCUGCAGCCCGACUCUACUGUCUUAUCCUCCAGCAUCCUGCCACAUUCACUUCUACAUGAGCUGGCAUUGGGGCUCUAUACUGCCCCCUUGUGGCAAAUAGCCUGUAUCUGCGACUGAUGCGGUCAAUUCCUGUUCCUCUGAGAAAGAAAGAUUGUUGUAAGGACUGUUGAAAUCCCUUGGUGUGAAUCAGGUUAGCGGCUUCGUUUCUGCAAAACGACUGAUUGACUGGUUUCACUUUGUGGGGUCGUUAGUGUUUUCCUGAAGAUGGGACAUGAUGAUACAGAGUGCCAGUUUGUCUUAAUUUAGGAGGAUAAAAGCCCGCCUGGGACCAAUAGGGCAACAUUAGAGUGCGGUCUGGCAGUGUAUCAAUGUGCACCUAUGAUGUAGCUCUCGCCUGAUUGGUGCGUGCUCAUUAGGGUCGGUACGGCAGGAGAAUUCCACAGAGACCCCCCCCCCCCCCCCAUCUUCAUGCUUGCAGAUACAGAACACCUUCAUUACUUAUUUUCACAUACAGAUAAUCAGUUGACAGACAGAAGUUUUCCAUAGUUUCCCCAUUGGAUUGUCACAGAUUUUCUGUUAUAUAGAGGUAAAUUAUAAGGAACAUAUCCAUUUUCAGGAAAUGACCAGCUGAGCAGAGAUAGCGGGAGGGAGGCAGGAGCUCUGUCCAGCCUGUGAUGUCAUCAUGGCAUCCUCUAUCCCGAAUGUGUGAGCGGCCUGGAGGCUUUUAGCUUAUAACACGCAGCUCAGACUCAUUACAGCUCAUUUCUUUUCAGGUCAGUUUAAUCCCAUUGAAUAGAAAGUUCACAGUUUAAGAUAUAGAGUUUAGAGAGAGAGAGAGUGUGUGUGUGUAUGUGUGUGUCUUUGAGUGUCUUUGAGAGUGACAUAAGAUGAGCAGGACCAAGUCUGACGUGAACUAAAAUUGGUGUGAAAUUUCCCAUUUUCAGCAAGCGGUUUCAUUUUUACAUGUUCAUAGGUGGGAUUUGUGUCGUGUGCCAUUGUCUGGAUGAUCUUACAGCUUUUUGGUAACUAUGUGCUGGUGACAGGAGUUUUGGCAGCUUAUUGUUGGGUCUCCUUCCGAAAUAGAAACUUGGGCCACUUCAGAUAAGACCUUCAGAUAAGUCUUCUCCUCGAAAGGGAAUCGUUUGCCUGCCCAAACAUGCUUAUUCUUUGGAAUACUGCAUUUUCUUGCAAGUAUUCAGUUAAAGGCAUUACUUUUCUUAGCCACACAAGUUUCUUUCCAUUUCAGGGAUUUAAUUGAAACCAAAGAAUGCAUUGCUCUGUCAAUAAUGAGAACUGAGCCCUUCACUCAUAGGGGAUUUGGAAUUUUGACAUGAUUGUGGCAAAUGACAGGAUUGUGAGUUUAUUUUCACAAGUCUAUGCCUUAUUAGGCUUUGUCCUCUGAGGAGUGAGAUAUGCCUCUCAGUGCCUCUCAACAGAUUAAUGAUGCUGAAAGCCUUAAGAGAAGAACACUGCCACCUGCUGUUUCUGUGAAGGAAUUAAAUGUCUGUGCGUCACAGAAAUAUAUACCUUUAAGUGUCUGAUGCCCCUUAUCUGUUAGAGUUCUGUUUGACUAAAGAGUAACGCAGUGCUAUACAACAUGUAGUGGUAUUUAUUAAAAUGUUUAAUUUUGUUUAUGCUAAGCUCUUUAAAAUCAUAUCAGUUAACUGCCACUUCGGAAAAUUUCGUACAGGUGCCUUAAUACGUCAUGCAGCUAAAAUAAAACUUUAUUUUUAUAUUGAAAUGUGGACAAAGGACGAAUACAAAGUAACUUGGGAGGUAUAAAGUUAUUUAAGCCUACAUAGAAAUAUGUUGUCCUGCACACAAUAAAGGCGUUUCAUUGAUUA